CAGUGUCCAAAGAUGUUGUAUUCUGCUUUCUUCCUCUCGUUUCUUCUCUUUAGUCCUGCUUUAUCUCAAGUCACUGAUUGUACUAAACUUCUCACAUGCUCUGAUUGUAUUACUGUCUUGCAGUGUGGCUGGUGUUUCACUCCAACUCAAGGUGGCUGUCAGAAUGCAUCUAGCUCUAAGUGCUCUCCUGCAGACUUCUUUGUCCCCACUAGUGAAGUAUUGGAAUACAGCGAGUUCCCCAUUGAUGAAACAAAUCAGAUUUCACUGCAGAAUAUCAAUAUUAGGCUAAGAGUUAAUGAGCCCCUUUCGUUCAAUGUCUCCAUUAAAGCUGCAGAGGAUUUCCCUUUGGAUGUGUAUGUAUUGAUGGACCUAUCAGCUAGCUUUAGAGCAGAUCUCACGACUGUUCAGGCAUUGGCUCCACAACUACCUCUUACUCUUCGAAAUGUUUCAUCAGAUUUUUUAAUUGGUUUCGGUACAUAUGUUGAUAAGCCAACCUUACCAUUUACGUCUAAUUCACAGCUAAAAGGAUAUGAGUGCUCUCUUCCAGAAUGUGACACACCUUUUGCUUAUCAUCACAUUGUAGCUCUCACCAAUUCCUCUGAUCUCUUUAAUUCCUCAGUUCACGAUGCCGUAGUAUCCACUAAUGUUGAUAAUCCCGAAGGAACAAUAGAAGCAAUGCUCCAAGCAGUCGUAUGUGAU